CGCUGUCGCACCUGUUAAGUACGGAAUAAAUCAUUUAAGACACCUGCAGAAUCUCCAGUCGGCCGAGGCUGAAAGGUGUGAGUAUGAGUGCACAAAAUUUUCGAUCCAGAGAUGGACAGCUGGCUUACAGGCUUCACAUGGUCACAUGGAAUGUUGGCACAGCAGAGCCACCAGCCAAUUUGAAGUCAUUACUGCAGCUUGACUCGCAGCCGGCCACUGACCUCUAUGUGAUUGGUCUACAGGAAGUGAAUUCCACUCCGGUGAGGUAUAUCUCUGACCUCAUUGCAGAUGACUCAUGGAGUCACCUUCUUAUGGAUACCCUAGCACCAAAGGGUUACAUCAAGGUGAUCUCAGUGAGAAUGCAGGGUUUGCUGUUGAUAUUGUUUGCAAAGCAGGUCCACCUCCCUUUCAUCAGAGACAUUCAAAGUACAUACACCUGCACAGGCCUGUUUGGAUACUGGGUACGAUCCAUCCAUCCAUCCAUCCAAACAUCCAUCCAUCCAUCCAUCCAUCCAGACUUUAAUAUAGUAUUAUUUAUUAAUCCUCCUCAGGGAAAUAAAGGUGGUGUGUCUGUGCGUUUCUCGUUCUAUGGUCACAUGCUGUGUUUUCUGAACUGUCACCUGGCGGCUCAUAUGAACUACACCCUGCAACGUUUGGAUGAGUUUGAAUAUAUACUGGACACGCAAGACUUUGAUAUUUACAACACGCCACAUGUGCUUGACCACAAGGUGGUCUUCUGGUUUGGUGACCUGAACUUUCGUAUCGCUGACCAUGGGAUGCACUUCCUCCGCUCCUCGAUCAACAAUGGCCGAUUUAACCUGUUGUGGAACAAAGAUCAGUUGAUCAUGCUGAAGAAGAAUGAACCUAUUCUUCAAGAGUUUGAAGAGGGGCCUUUGAGCUUCAAACCCACAUAUAAAUUUGACCGCUUCUCUGAGACCUAUGACACGAGUGGUAAAAAGCAGAAGCCUGCCUGGACGGAUCGGAUCUUGUGGAGGAUAAAGCCCCAAGCUGCGGACAAUGAGGAUGAGGGCAAGUCAACAACAUCAUCUGCUGCUGCUGAUGAUGAUGAGUACCCUGUUAAGAUGACACAGGACAUGUACACCUGUGAUGUCUCAUACGGGGUCAGUGACCACAAACCUGUCAUCGGGACCUUCAAUCUGGAGAUGAGGAAGAAGGUGGAGACCCCUCUAGUGAGACUGACCACAAAGGGUUGCUGGAGCACUGAUGAAGAUGCCUUAUUCACCUACACCAUACUGGAGACCUUUGAGUCCUCCACCUGGGAUUGGAUCGGCCUGUACAAGAUCGGCUUCAAAAGUGCCUCCGAUUACUUCACCUUUGCCUGGGUCAAAGAUGAUGAAGUGGCUGACAACGGAGAAGUUGUAACGGUCACUGUGAGUAAGGAUAAACUCCCCCUGCUGGGAGGGGAAUAUGUACUUGGCUACCACAGCAGCAACAUGCAGACCCUCAUUGCCUUUAGUCCAGCUUUCCAGAUUCUAGAGUCCAAACGAGCCUUAAUUGAGGGUUUGAUUCCGGAGAACAUCAACGGACAUGAGAAGUAACCGGAAUCUUUGCUAACGUACCACGCAUGUGCUCAACCAUUAAAGCAAGAGAUCUGAUCUGGGAUCAGCUUUCUCCCUGUUUAAACUGACUUUGGUCAGCAAGGUAAAAGGUAAAUCUGAAGCUGAAACAGCUAAUAUAAUGAGUGUAAAUCUCAGGCUUUGAUAUUUCACAAAAAACGGUGUAGUCACUGAACAUGCGACCAUCUCUCUCUGUGCCUGUCCUCAAAAUGUUGAACUCUCUUUAUCUGCUCCAAGCUUUUGUAAACAUACACACUGAACACAUUUCACUUUACUCAUGGAUUUUUUAAUACCUGCACCUGCCAUUAGAGGGACAAUAAAGAAAAUUACAGAGGUGAAUGAUUCAGAGCACACAUUGAUCUGCAUAAUACUUGGCAAAAGAGAGCUAAUGUAACUUUGAUUAGCCUGUUGAAGGAAUAGUUCACCCAAAAAUUAAAAUUCUCUCAUCAUUUACUCACCCUCUCUUCCCAGAUGUGUAUGACUUUCUUUCUUCUGCAGAACACAAAGAUUUUUAGAAGAAUAUUUCAGCUCUGUAGGUCCUCACAAUGCAAGCGAAUGAGUACUUUUGAAGCUCCAGAAGCACAUAAAGGCAGCAUAAAAGUAAUUCAAACUGUCAAUCUCCACUUUCACAUUCUUCUUCUUUUGUCUUCUCAUAUUCUUCGUGCAUAUCGCCCCUACUGGGCAGGGAGGAGAAUUUACAAUAAAAAAGGACUUAAAUAUUGAUCUAUUUCUCAUCCACACCUAUUAUAUCACUUCUGAAGACAUGGGUUAAAACACUGGAGUCUUAUGGAUUACUUCUAUGAUGCCUUUUUGUGCUUUUUGGAGCACCAAAAUUUUGGUACCCAUUCACUUGCAUUGUAUGGU